AUGGGCGGAGCCCCAGCCUCUAGUGCUGGUGGCCGCCGCUGCUGCCCCAGCUGGAUCCGGAGCCGCCACCUCUGUGUCCGCGCGUCGCUGCUUCCCAGGGCGGCGGUAUGCUGGGGAAAGGAGUAGUCGGCGGUGGCGGCGGCACCAAGGCCCCCAAGCCCUCCUUCGUGUCGUACGUACGCCCUGAGGAAAUUCACACAAACGAAAAGGAAGUAACAGAGAAGGAAGUAACUCUUCACUUGUUGCCAGGUGAACAGCUGCUUUGUGAAGCCAGCACAGUACUGAAGUAUGUCCAGGAAGAUUCCUGUCAGCAUGGCGUCUAUGGGAGGCUUGUCUGCACAGACUUCAAGAUUGCCUUCUUGGGCGAUGAUGAAUCUGCAUUGGAUAAUGAUGAAACUCAAUUUAAGAAUAAGGUUGUAGGAGAAAAUGACAUUACACUCCACUGUGUUGAUCAGAUUUAUGGAGUGUUUGAUGAGAAAAAGAAAACUCUCUUUGGACAACUGAAGAAAUACCCUGAGAAGCUCAUUAUCCACUGCAAAGACCUUCGAGUGUUCCAGUUUUGUCUGAGGUACACAAAGGAAGAGGAAGUCAAAAGGAUUGUCAGUGGCAUAAUUCAUCAUACCCAGGCUCCUAAACUGCUUAAACGAUUGUUUCUGUUUUCCUAUGCAACUGCUGCACAAAACAAUACAGUCACUGAUCCCAAGAACCAUACCGUAAUGUUUGACACACUUAAGGACUGGUGUUGGGAACUGGAACGGACCAAAGGCAACAUGAAGUACAAAGCAGUGAGUGUCAACGAAGGCUAUAAAGUCUGUGAGAGAUUGCCAGCAUACUUUGUUGUCCCCACCCCUCUUCCUGAAGAGAAUGUGCAGCGCUUUCAGGGUCACGGCAUACCAAUAUGGUGUUGGUCCUGCCACAAUGGAAGUGCCCUUUUGAAAAUGUCAGCCCUGCCCAAAGAACAGGAUGAUGGCAUUUUACAAAUCCAAAAGAGCUUCUUAGAUGGAGUUUACAAGACCAUCCACAGGCCACCCUAUGAAAUUGUUAAAACGGAAGACCUGUCAAGCAACUUCCUAUCCCUGCAGGAAAUCCAGACUGCAUACUCUAAAUUUAAACAGCUAUUUCUGAUAGAUAACAGUACUGAAUUUUGGGACACAGAUAUAAAAUGGUUUUCUCUGUUGGAAAGUAGCAGCUGGCUUGACAUAAUCAGACGUUGCCUGAAAAAAGCAAUAGAGAUUACAGAAUGUAUGGAAGCACAAAACAUGAAUGUUCUUCUUUUAGAGGAGAAUGCAUCCGACCUCUGCUGUCUCAUUUCCUCUCUGGUGCAACUGAUGAUGGACCCCCACUGCCGAACCAGAAUUGGUUUCCAGAGCCUCAUCCAAAAGGAGUGGGUCAUGGGUGGCCACUGUUUCUUGGAUCGCUGCAACCAUCUCCGCCAGAACGACAAAGAGGAGGUUCCUGUGUUCCUGCUUUUCCUAGAUUGUGUCUGGCAGCUGGUGCACCAGCAUCCCCCGGCAUUUGAAUUCACAGAGACUUACCUGACUGUUUUGUCAGAUAGCCUGUACAUACCUAUUUUUAGCACCUUCUUCUUCAAUUCACCUCAUCAAAAAGAUACUAACAUGGGUAGAGAAGGCCAGGAUACACAAAGCAAGCCUUUGAAUCUGCUCACCGUGUGGGAUUGGUCGGUGCAGUUUGAACCCAAAGCCCAGACGUUGCUCAAAAACCCUCUUUAUGUGGAAAAGCCAAAACUGGACAAAGGCCAACGGAAAGGAAUGCGCUUCAAACAUCAACGACAACUUUCUUUGCCACUUACGCAAUCUAAGUCAUCUCCCAAAAGAGGAUUUUUCAGGGAAGAAACAGAUCAUUUGAUUAAAAACCUUCUGGGCAAGAGAAUUAGCAAACUUAUUAAUUCUUCUGAUGAGCUCCAAGACAACUUUCGAGAGUUCUAUGACAGCUGGCAUAGUAAGCCCACUGACUACCAUGGUUUGUUGUUACCGCAUAUUGAGGGGCCCGAAAUCAAAGUCUGGGCCCAGCGCUACCUGCGCUGGAUUCCAGAAGCCCAAAUCCUAGGUGGUGGCCGAGUGGCCACUAUGAGCAAACUCUUGGAAAUGAUGGAGGAAGUCCAGAGUUUACAAGAGAAGAUCGACGAGAGACACCACAGCCAGCAGGCCCCCCAGGCUGAGGCCCCCUGCCUGCUGAGGAACUCUGCCCGCCUGUCCUCUUUGUUUCCUUUCGCUCUGCUCCAGCGACAUUCCUCUAAGCCGGUCUUACCCACCAGUGGCUGGAAAGCUUUGGGAGAUGAAGACGAUUUGGCCAAACGAGAAGAUGAGUUCGUGGACCUAGGGGACGUGUGACCUGUUUGUUGAGUGACUGUGGAAGAGGAAUGUGGGAGAUUGGGACAGCUGAUCCCCGGAUUCGUGUCACGCUACAGCUAAUGCUGGCCGGGUCCUUAGCCCAGCACUCCGUUGGAGUAAAGCUGGGCCUUCGGGAAAA